AUGAUUAAAGUCUGCAUUUUUAUUCUGAAAAGCGAGCAUUCUAUCUCAAUGGAAGGAAAAAAAACAAAAAUAGGCUUUUUAAUGCUGGUUCUUUGCGCGGUGGCAAAGGCAACCGCGUAUAGUAGCUUGAAGAGCGAGCUGGAAAGGGUAAGCGAAGAAUUCUACCAGAACAUGUGGAAAGUGAUAGAUACGGAGGCGAGCAAGGCGGUGGCGCGUUGCCCGGAGAACACGCCCAAGAAUGUGCUGGUAUGCACAGCACUAAGCCAUCUUCCGCACGCAAGCCAGAUUCUGUACAACAUUCAUUGCUGGCAGGCUGCGAUCAAAGUAGAUGAAGCCACAGAGUACGAGAAAACCGCCAGAAAAUUAAUGCAGUGCGUGGUAGAUGAUGCAGUUCUGAUUUCCCGGGCGCACAAAAAGACGCCAGAAAUACUCAUUUCCGACUGGAUAAUGCUUUCGAAGAGCGGGCACCCGAACAUAGAGCAGAUAAUAUUGGAGGCAAUCAGCACGGACAAGGGCAAGCUAAUGGAAAACACCCGGGCCACCCUGGAGAACAUCAGGAAAGUCCUGAACAAAUGCAUUGAGGAGGUCCAUGCGAAAGCCCAAGCCCAAGAGAAGAACCUUGUCUCUAAUAGCAUAUAUAGGCGCAUACAUAGGCUGCUAGAGUCUAAAAAGUCCCUAUGCCUAUCCAUGAGGAGGUGCACGUUUUUCCUGGACAAUAGUGUCUAUUGGAGGAAGAAGCCCAUAUCCAUUAGAAUCGCUGUUAAAAAACUCAAUACCACUCUCCUGGGAUUUGGCUUUUCCUACAGCGCCAGCCUGAAGAAUGUCACGGAAAGCCAGCUAUUUGAGAAGUGCAGCAUGGAGGGCAAAAUCCAGCUAUUACUCGGACUUGUGCACAGUCUGGCUUGCGGGCUAGAAAGCAAAGUCAGCAACAUAAAAGAGCGCAUCAAGCUGGAGAGCAUGCGCAUACUGUUUGAAGAGCAAAAGCAUCCAAGUGCAAGACUCGUGUACGCAAUUGUCAGAAUUAUACUGAAAACAAGAGUAGACGCUGCUGCAAUAGCUAGGACGAAAAACGAAUAUAUGCCAAAUCAUGGAAACAAUGCCCUUCUAGAGGAUAUACUCUCAAUCGAUUGGAAAUGA